AUGCAUAUCGAGGUUCUCCCCGUUCUCCGCAACUCGCUCAUGUACCUGUUGGUUGAUGAGUCGUCCAACACUGCUGCCGUGAUCGAUGCCGCUGAUGUCAACAAGCUUGAAAAGGCCGCCCGCCGCCUGGACGCCAAGAUCGUGGCCGUCCUCUCCACUGACAACAAAUGGGACCAUACCCGUGACAAUGAAGAGGUCAAGCGCCUGUUCCCUGACGCCGUAAUCUACGGCAGCCGUGGCGACAACACGCGUGCCAUGGACAAGGAGGCCAAGCACGGCCAGCACAUCAAGGUUGGCAACCUUGACGUCAUUGUCAAGGAUGCCCACUCCUUCACUGAGGGCUCCCUCAUCUUUGAGGUUCAAGACCCUUCCUCGGGCGAAAAGGCCGUUUUCACCGGUGGCACUCUUUUGUGUGGUGGUGCUGGCGCCAUCAACGUUCAUGCCAUUGAGGGCAAGAUUGCCGACGUUCCCUCGAAGAAGUCAGUGCCCAAGGGCAUGUCUGGCACCGCCAAGGAUCUCUUCCGCGUCUUGAACGACAUUCUUGGCUCGCUGGACGAUGACGUUGAAGUCUACCCCGGCUACGACUCGGUUGUUGAAAACCUGCGCUUUGCCGUCGGCGUUGAGCCCGAGAACGAGGACAUUGAGAUGCGCUUGGCCGAGGCCAAGGACAACCAGAAGAGCAAGGUCCCCAACGUUCCUUCCACCCUGGGUCUCGAGCGCAAGACUAACCCCUUCAUGCGCCUGCGUGAGAAGACCGUGCGCCAGUACGCCCAACUUGAGGGCAGCAAGCACGACAACCCCAUUGAUGUCCUAGACUCACUCCAAGCCAAGAUGCUGGAGCUUGGUCUGCACCCCAAGAUGCAGACAGCUUAA